UAAUAACAGACAUUUUCUGACAUACCUAAAUAUUUCAUCACGGGGCAAGGGGUUCGAUUCCGGACGCAUGCGUAUUGGCAUUAUUUUAAAUUUGAUAACGGCAAUUCGAGCAAAAUUCAAAUUCAAAUUCUACAUUCUAGUCUUUUUUUUUUUUAUGUUUUGUUCUUGUGUGAUUUUUUAAUUCGCUUAUAUUAUAUAAUAUACAUAUAUAUAUAUAUUUGUAAUUUAUUACAUUAAAUUUAAUUACAUUUAUACUAAAUGUCUUGGCUGUAACUCGUAUUUACGCAACUCAAUAAGGGGCGAGCGAACAAGUGAUGUCGCUACAAUGUGCAUGUUCAAUAGAAUGGUUAAACGUCCAGGGAGUAGUUUUGAAGCGAUUUAAGUCGUCUUCAGCUAAGCUGACAUUAACCCGCAACGAUUUUCGCGAUAUUUACUUGGUAGUGACGGCAGACAAAAAUGCCGCUCAACGAUUCCCGCUUAAAGACAUAGCCGUACACAAACGUUUUCUUAACGAUGGUAAGACCACGAUAAAUUUCAAAACUGAAAGGGUGAUGAUGAUGUUAUCGAACGCACCCGUGGCACAAUUAACGGAGUUCUUAAAAAUGUUAUUUGUCAAAGUGACCAGUCGCAAAGAUUCACCUCAGGUUAAAGUUAGAGAACGACUGUUUGCGGUGAAAAGUAGUGUUGCUGAAGAAAUUAGUCCGAUUAAUGCCAAAGACGUGGGCCGCGUCGGUGAAAAAUUAGAAGGACCAAAUGCAAAAAAAAGAAAACUAGAUGAUGAUCUCAAAAAAGAAACGGUAAAAAAAAACUAUUUAAUGUCUUAUAUGGACAAGCUGUCAAGUGAACAACGAGAAGUAGUCGAUGCGGUCAACUCUAAACACAACAUAUUUUUUACAGGUAGUGCAGGCACGGGCAAGUCGUUCUUGUUGCGUUACAUAGUGAGCACUUUACCUCCAGAUGUGACGAUGGUGACAGCCAGUACAGGUGCAUCGGCUUGUUUGAUCGGCGGAGUGACGUUGCAUUCGUUUGCUGGUAUCGGUACCGGUGAAUGUACAUUAGAAAGAGGAAUUCAAAUGGCUUCAAAGUCACCAUUUGUACAGACUUGGCGCAAAUGUAAAAUAUUAAUCAUCGACGAAAUUUCAAUGGUCGAUGGAGAAUACUUUGAGAAAUUAGAUAAAAUCGCAAAAGCCGUUCGACGACGUGAAGACGAACCUUUCGGGGGCAUCAAGUUAGUGUUGUGUGGCGACUUUUUACAACUACCGCCUGUAAAACAAUCAAAGGCGAGGUUCUGUUUCCAAACGCUCGCUUGGGCACAUUGUCGUUUUCAGUGUUUCAACUUGAAAACCGUGCACAGGCAAACCGAUGAUAAAUUUAUAAAAAUUUUAAACGAUCUACGAAUUGGAAAAAUAUCGCCUGAGACGGCAGUGGCGUUAAAAGCCACCGCGUCAAAUUCAUUGCAACAAGGAGAUAUCGUACCCACUCGACUUUGCUGUCGUACUGCAGACGCUCAAAUGAUUAAUCAAAAAAAGUUAUCGGAUUUGCCGGGAGAGGAAUCUAAAUUUGAAGCUUUCGACAGUGGUUUGACAAAAAUGUUGGACGAUUUGACGCCGGUGUUGAAAACCAUUGUUCUUAAACCUGGCGCUCAAGUAAUGUUGGUAAAAAACAUUAACGUGUCUACUGGGUUGGUGAACGGAGCUAGGGGAGUAGUGCAAAAAUUUGAUAAAAAUGGAUCUCCAAUUGUGCAAUUUAAAAAUGGUAAUACAGUUACUGUUAAGUCGGAAAAAUGGGUUGUGAAAACACCCAGCGGACAGUUUCUGUCGAGACAACAAUUGCCCUUGAAAUUGGCUUGGGCGUUCUCUAUUCAUAAAUCACAGGGAUUGACGUUGGACUGCGUUGAAAUAUCUCUAGGUCGGGUGUUUGAAGCGGGUCAAGCUUAUGUCGCUCUGUCUCGAGCCAAAAGUUUAAGUUCAUUGAAAAUUACAGAUUUCGAUAAAAAACACGUGUGGGCCAAUCCGGAUGUUAUAGCGUUUUAUAACAAACUCGAUAGAAUCGUCAAUUCUAAUAAGGUAUAUGCUCUGGGGUCUAAAGGGUAAUAGUCAAUUUAGUAAAACCAUGACAAUUAUAUUAUAAAUACAAAUGACAAGAUGAUAGACUCUAUUUGGCCAUAUUAUAUUUUCUAUAUUUUAUAAAAAAAAAAAAAAUUAGUCAAAAUAAUAAUGGGUUUUGUGUAAAAAAUCAACCAUAUAUACUGCGAUACACAUAUUAAAAUAUUAUGUUACAAAUUAGGUAAAUGCAGACAUUUCUAUUUGAUUUACGAAUAUUGUGAUAAGCU